AGAAAGUGGUAAAAAAGAAAAAGGAAAAACUGAUUCCUUACAUUUUCAGAAACAAAGCAACCAAAAAUUCCGCCACUGAAACAUCCUUAAUUCCAAGCUUUCUAGUAUUACUCAAAGAAAGAAAACUUUCUAGUAUUGCUCAAAAAAGCAAACUCCCAGAGAGUGAAAGGAGAGAGGGAGGCCACGGGAGAGACAGUAUAGAGGAGAAGUCCUUCCACUCUCCAAUCAAUCUCUUCACUUAUUCACAUCAUCUUUAAUAUCAAAAUCUUGUUUUGCCUCAGCAGUUGCAGCUCCAUUUCCCUUCCUCUCCCUCCCAGCUUCCCUUUCCUCGAAAAUGGAAAUUAUGUAAUAACUGUCAGUAAUUGGAGCUUAGGAAAAAAUAGUAAUCGGAGCUGGUAUCUUUCUUUUCUUUCCUUUUCUUUUUCCAUUCUAUUAAUUUCAUGCCCUUGAAUAAAAUAGACGACUCAUCCACUGCUCUACUAAAAGAAACCACAGUAUAUAUGCAUACUUUCCUGAAAUAAAUCUCUCUCCCUCUCUCAGUUCACUGUCCUCAGAUUAUUCUAGCUUUAAGAAGCAAAAUCCUAGAAGCAGGAAGCUGCUUGAGUACAAGAUUGCAGAAGCAAAGAAAUACAACAUCAUCACAAUUUCCUAGGAAAAAAGCUACUGUUGCUCUAAGAUCCAAGAAAAAGCAAACAAAAACCCAAAAGAGAUCCAUGGACUCGCUCCCAGAAUUAAUGGAAAGUUCCAACUCCGAGAACACCAGCAUCACUGAUUCUAUUACCAUCAAUAACAGCUUAACUGCCGCAAGCUCUUCUUCAACAGCUUCUGCUCCUAGCAGCCGCUACGAAAACCAGAAGCGCCGGGACUGGAACACCUUCGGCCAAUACCUGAAGAACCACCGUCCUCCUCUUUCCCUCUCGAGAUGCAGCGGUGCCCACGUUCUUGAAUUCCUCCGGUACCUUGACCAAUUUGGGAAGACAAAGGUGCACACUCCAAUCUGCCCAUUUUAUGGCCACCCUAAUCCUCCAGCCCCUUGCCCAUGCCCGCUGCGCCAGGCCUGGGGCAGCCUCGAUGCGCUCAUUGGACGCCUCCGAGCUGCCUUUGAAGAGAACGGAGGGAAGCCUGAAGCUAACCCAUUUGGGGCUCGAGCAGUUAGACUCUAUCUUCGUGAGGUUCGUGAUUUGCAGUCAAAAGCAAGGGGGAUCAGCUAUGAGAAAAAGAAGCGGAAGCGCCCCCGGCAACAGUUGCCUGCACCACCGCAGCUGCCUCCCCCAGGUGCAAGUCAAUAAGGCCUCCCGAAAAUUCUACCCUCCUCGAUCCAGGCCCUAGCUCUUAAAUUGCUAAAAUUUCAAAAUGGGUACUCCCUCUUCUCUUUUUCAGCGUUAUGGCGUUUUAGUAGUGUCUUUAGGGUUAGUUAAAUUUCUAGCUAAAAGUUGGUAGCUAUUACAGACCGUCUGUAUGUGUAAUCUGUUGGGUUUUACGAAAGCAAUGUUAUGGAUCUGAGAUAUCAUGAUUCUGCUUUCCAAACAGUGCUAAUCACUGGUAGUAGACUGUCACUGAAAAAGUGGUAGGGAGAGAUAGGGUAUCAGGAGAUAUGGUCUAUGUGGAACUGAGAAUAUAUAAUUUGGCUCAUAGUUUUAUGUAGUACUUGAAUAUCCAUCUAUGCAAAGCUAUAGAUUUGCAGGGUUAUGUGUUGGAUUUCAUCUCUUUUCUGAAGGUUGCUUUCGUUUCUCUUGUUCUUUUGUCGAUGUUGCUGGCAAUUCGGUUUCAAAGUUUCCGAAUCAAAUGCUUGAAAGGACUUAUGAAUCACUACAUAUAUAUGUCAGAAAUGUCUAGCACUAUAUAUACUUUGUUUAA